AUGUCCUCCGGCAAAGGGGGGCCCAAUAACGGCAGUAACGCACCCGGACCUCCAAAAUGCUGGGCUCAAGCUCUUGCAACCGCGCCGAACCCCAGUGAAUCUGAGGCUGAAGCCGCUGACGAUGGAUUCACGGUAGUUCAGCACGGGCGGAAUCGGAACGGUCGGGGUCGGGGUAUUACCGGCCCUGGUGGUGAUCGUGGGAGGGACCAGAUGGGCGGAUCCCAGUUUGGUGAUACGCGACGCAAUGAACCAAGUAGAGGUCGCGGAGGACCCGGAGGGCGAGGCAAUAGCCACAGCCGUGGAAGCGGUCAGGGGUCGUACCAUCAACGAUCGGACAACAAUCCCCAAUAUAACAACCAAGGUUAUAAUAGGCCAUCCAACGAUCAAGGCAGCCGUGGAGCACACAGGGCGCAGCGUGGUGGAAGGGCUCCUGCUCCGCUAUACAAGGAUAUAAAAACAACUCUUCAACAUGCCCCAUCUCAGGGGAUCGCGGCCCUAGAAAAUAGUAUCAUUGAAAAGAAUCGAGAUAAAUUGGCGGCCAAGCUCGGAAACCUGAAGCUUGCAGAAAACAAGUUGUCACUGCCAAUGAGACCUGGCUAUGGGAAUUGCGGCAAACCCGUGGGCCUUUUCUCGAACUACUUUGAGAUCAGCGGCGUCGAUAAACUUGUUCUCUACGAGUUCAAUGUCCAGCUCCAGGAGAAUAUGUCUCUCCGUAUCAAGCGGCGUUUAUUUACGUUACUGCUGAGAGAAAAGCCACUCUGCGAUGAAUCCGUGGCCACGAAUUACGUGGACAAACUCAUUUGCACGAAGAAGCUCGACCCACAAGUUAUUUUCGUCAAUUAUCACGAAGAAAAUGAAACCCAUACUCAGAACCAUGCGGUUACUCUUCAGUAUAGCCGAACAUACCGGCUCAAUGACUUGCUAGCUGACCUCCAAUCACAUUCUGAGCUGUAUCAAAAGGAGGAAAAGAAUAUGGUGAUUCAGGCGUUAAACAUGACCGUGGCACGAUUUCCGAACAAUACCAGAAGAAUCCAGUACGUUGGCCAGAGCAGACAUUUCUUCCUUGACGUUGGCAACCAGAAUCUCGCACUGGGGCGUGGUCUAGAGGCACGACGAGGGUUUUUCCAUUCUGUCAAGACCUCAACUGGUCGGCUGCUCCUAAAUCUCAACGUAUCAACCGCCGCAUUUUACCGGGCGGGAAAUCUGAAAGACGUUACUGAAGAAGUAGUUCCGAUAACAAAGGCAAUUGGGGACCAGGUGGAAACCGGAAGACUUGAGAGAUUUCUAAAAAAGCUUCGCAUCAAUACCAAACAUGGGAAACGAUCUCAAGUCAGAACUAUCUUUGAAAUCGCAAAGUUGAAAGACGAAUCAGUUGCUAUGCCCUCGCAAGUUAAAUUCUGGUGGGCGCAAGGACAACCUGCGAGACAUAUCACCGUGAGUGACUAUUUCAGAAUGCAGUAUAAUGUACGUCUCGCAGCCCAACAAAUCGUCGUCAAUGUCGGGUCUAGAGACAAACCAUGCUAUCUCCCCGCGGAAUAUUGCUCGAUUCUCGAAGGUCAAGUCGCCCACCAGAAGCUUCAUCCAGAACAAACCAGCAACAUGAUCAAGGUUGCUUGUCGUAAACCCACCGAAAACGCACUGGACAUCUCAAGCAAUGGCUUGAAAUUGAUGGGACUCGACCAAAGAAACGGACCGAAGGAGAAGUUCGGCAUUCAGAUUGCGAAUGAGUUGCUUGCUGUAAAAGGCAUCGUUCUUGAUCCUCCGCAACUAAAAUACAAGUCGAAUUUUAGCCCGGUAACGACUAAUGGAGCCUGGAACUUUUCGGAAUUUUACCUGAAACAACCAGGCGUACUCCCUGGCCGUAACCCCGUUGGAUAUCUUAUUAUUGGGAAUUUGCGAAGCGAUCCGUCCAGAUUUUUGGCGAAAUUGAAGGGCACCCUGUUGGAUUAUAACAUCAACUGGCGAGACGGCCCCCUCAAUUCCAAAAAUACCAUAUGGGUACCGCACGAUAAGAAGCCAAAUGACAAAGACUACGAAAAUGCGUUCCAAGAAUUCCAGAAGCUGGGGACCCCUUUUGUUGUUGCGCUGUUACCAAAGUACGACCAGCAGAUAUACUCGCUUGUGAAACAUCAAGGCGAUAUCAAAACCGGGAUUCCCACUGUGUGUGUCGUGGAAAAGCCCAUCAAAGACAAACAAACCAAUACCAGCUAUGUUGGUUUGAAAGACGAUGAAGGUACCUUGAGGAAUAUCUCCCUGAAAGUCAACCUCAAGCUGGGAGGUAUCAACCACGAGAUCACUAGUCGACAGGAGAUACGCAACAUUAUGCAGACAACGAUGUUUAUUGGUAUUGAUGUCACUCACCCAACCGGAACAGAAUCUCAAUCCGACGCCCCCAGCAUUGCUGCCGUCGUGGCCAAUACCGAUCCAACCCUUUCUCAAUGGCCGGCGAGUAUAACAACUCAGGGACACCGCAAGGAAAUGGUGGAAGAUGACCUCUAUAGCAUGGUGCUUGCACGACUUCGUGUAUGGAAAAAUCAGGAUCUACUACCAGAGCAGAUUCUUGUGUAUCGCGACGGUGUCUCUGAGAGCCAAUACCAAGAAGUCCUUGAUAAAGAGCUUGUUCAAAUCCAGGAAGCAGUGAAGCAGUACUAUAAGACGCGGAGACUCCCAAAGAUUACCCUGCUUAUUGUCGGAAAGAGACAUCAUACUAGAUUCUAUCCGUGGGACCGGUCCAACGCCGAUGGUAAUUCCAACGUCGUUCCUGGCACCGUUGUUGACCGCUACUGCACCAUGGAACGCAACUUUGACUUCUUCAUGGUCUCCCACGCAGGUAUUCAGGGCACCAGCCGUCCGGCUCACUACGUUGUGCUCCACGAUUCCAACAAUUUUAGCGCCAACCAGCUCCAGAGCAUUACCCAUGAUCUCACGUAUGUUUACGGCCGCGCUUCACGGGCGGUUUCCAUCGCGACUCCGGCGUAUUACGCCGAUAUCGUGUGUGAGCGUGGUAGGUGCUACCUGUACUCUGUUUACAAUAACGCUUUGCCCGGGGAGUACUCGGGGAGGAGUGGCUGGAUACGUGGUGUCCAUUCGAAUCUGACAAACACGAUGUUUUAUAUUUGA